UCCUCGCCUCGCACACCAGCAAGCAGCUCUAUACCCGCCCACACUUGGCCAAAACACAAAGCGGUCUCUUUUCUUCACCCAAUCCUGCUACCGCUGCCUCCGAGCGACUUCAGCAGGAGCACAUGCCCGUCAAAGAGGCGAGGUCUGACCGCUCUUGACGGCUGCGCGGUCGGGCAUUACACGGAUGGAGCUCUUCUUGCAUUAUUACACGGGCGACGGGCGGAUUUGAAAGGCAUCGGCCGAGAUGCACCGUGGCUGUUGCCAAGCGCCGAUCUACAGUGAUACGGGCCGGGUUUUACCAUGGUUUUCAGACGGUCAGCUCGGAGAAUGCGGUGGCUGGGAUGUUAUCGGCUGGGGCCCAUAUGGAAAGCACUCCUGGUAUUUGUUGUCAUCGCUUUUGCAGGGCAACUUCUGGGAGUCAUUUUCAACAAGAGCUGGAUGCAGCCGGAGAGGCCUCAGUCCCUCUACUCUCUUCCCUCUGAUAACAUCCAAGGCUCCUCUCUGGGCUCCUGUCAGCCCCACAUCCACAUUAUGUUCCUGAAAACUCACAAGACGGCAAGCAGCACCGUUCUUAAUUUACUCUAUCGCUUUGGAGAGGAGCGGGACCUUAAAUUUGCCCUGCCUUUGGGCUAUCAGUUCGGCUACCCCCUGCCCUUUAUUGCCCAGAGGGUGAAAGGAUACAAAAGCCCUCAUGUGGGAGAAUUUGACAUCAUGGGAAAUCACAUGCGGUUCAACAAACCAGAGGUUGAGAAGGUGAUGCCACCUGACACUUUCUAUUUCUCCAUCCUUCGAGACCCUGUGGCUCUAGCUGAAUCCUCUUAUGCCUACUAUAAAAACGUUGCCCCUGCCUUUAGGCGUGCCAAAGGACUGGGUGAUUUUGCAGACAACCCCUACAAGUACUAUGACCCAAGGCUCCGCAAUAACCAUUAUGCCCGCAACCUGAUGUGGUUUGAUUUUGGUCUAGAUCAUACCGCCAACUUUAGCCUAGCAUUGGCUAAGCGUGGUGUGGCUGCAGUUCGUCGCAACUUCAAGCUCAUUCUUCUCUCCGAAUACUUUGACCAGUCUAUGGUGCUGCUCCGCCAUGCUCUGUGCUGGCCGCUUGAUGCUGUGGUUUCUUUCAGCUUGAAUGCCAGGCAGCAGGUGCCCACUGGGAGGUCAGCAUGGGUGGGGAAGCUUAUAGCUCCUUUGGCUUUAACAGACAAGCAAAGAGUGAAAUUACGUGAGUGGAACGCACUAGACUGGCACCUUUACCAAGCUUUCAACCUCACUUUCUGGCAGGAAGUGGAACGCUUCGGCCACUCUCGAAUGGAGACCGAGGUGGCCUUGCUUCGAACCAAACGGGAAGUUCUCACUCGCAUCUGCUUACGUGACGGCGGACGUCCCAUAGAGGCCGGUCGUAUCCGGGACAAGACAAUCCGGCCCUUCCAGAGUGGAUUAGUGAAGAUCUUGGGUUAUGAGUUACAGUCAGGACUGAACAACGCCACAUGGGAAGCUUGUCUACGCAUGAUCAGGCCUGAGAUUCAAUACAAAGACUUGCUGGAUCUUCGGCAGUUCCCAAGAGCCCAGCAACCCUCAUUCGCUGGAGGGCCUCCGUUAAAGAAGGAGUCCUCAAUUCUCAGGACUGACGACCAUGGAGGAAAAAGGUUGGUGGAGAAAGACUGGGAUGGGACUAUUAUGUUUAGGAAUCAAUCAUUAGAGCAGGCUGAUUCAAAAGUAAGACUUAGAUAGAUAGUGAGCUAGUUGCACCUUUUUGCCUCAAGGUCAAUAAUUCUGACCCAUUUUGGCUCCACGGGCCUCUGUGCUGCACUACUAGAGGAGACGAGGGGAAUCCAAGAGAUAAAUCACACCACUUUUGUCAUUGACUCUUCCUCAUCUCGCCCUUCUACACUCUUAUUUUGUAGAACAAAGUUUCAGAGAGAAGAAGAGGUCUGUAAGUACAGCAGUGACUGGAGUGAUAUAAAGGUAUGAAUAUGCCAGAUGGUGGCGAAAUGAAUAUAAGUGAGAAAAUGCUGCUUUUCUGUCCACGAUGAGCCAGGGUUGGUGCAAGAACGCAACCUAGCAGUGUAUAGGUCAUGGUAAGUGGUUGCAUUGUUUUAAACAACGCCACUUUCAAGAGUAAAUUUGGUACUACUACUGUUCAAAAGUUUGGGGUAAGUGUACUUUUUUAUUCUGGAAGGAUGCAAUAAAAGAUAUUUGUAAUGUUACUUCAGACUUUUUUCAUAUAAUAUGCCAAUUUGUCAACAAUAAGGAAUUCGUCAUGAGCAUCAUGAUUUACGAAGGCUGGUGAGAAAUGUCUGGUGAAAAUUUGGCUUUGCCAUCACAAAACAAAUGUUUUUAAAAAGUAUUUUAAAGGGCACCUAUGAUGAAGAUCAUCUUUUGUAAGCUGUUUGGACAGAACUGUGUCUAGGUAAAGUGUGUCCACAGUCAUAGUGGAGUGAUAGAAACACAAUAAGUCUCUUUUUUUAAAUUCAUUCCCACCGCAACAUGACAUAGCAGUGCAGUUUCCCCGCUCACAGCUGCGUAUUAACAUGUUUCCGUAGUAACACGUAUAGUCAUAUCAAGAAGACAGGAUGUGGCUAAAGCAACUAAGAUUAAAAGAUCUGUUCAGCUCUCUGUGAUCAUCAAUCAUCAUCAAAUGUGAUCAAAAAUGAGUUUUACAAGUUUAAAACGUUUUUAAAACAGUGCAUGUUUGUAAUGAAUUACAGAGAUUUUAAACUGAACUUUGUAACACCGUUGUGUGGGACUCAUCGUAAUUCAAGGCUUGACUCAACUCCACAACAAAUACAUCAAAUAAUCAUUGGGAAAGUUCUUACUGUAGUAUUUCUCACAAACGUUACGUGAGAUCUGCUUCCUUCAUGUCUGUCACUGCGCUGUUCAUCUGCCGCAGCUGAGGCGGAGAUUGAGGCACACUCUGACAGGCAAGUGGGAACGGUGUGCUGGGAGAACUAGCAUUAAAGGCACAGGCAACAAAAAACAGCUACAUAGUGUUCAGAGCAAAGAAUUCCAACAUUCUGAACGCUAAAAUAAAUAAUCUGAUGGGUGUUUUGAGCUGAAACUUUACAGACACACUCUAGAGACACAAAGGACUUAUCACAAAUCUUGAAAAAGAGGUAAAAUAGGUGCCCUUUAAAUGGUGAUAUUGUUUCAAGACAGUUUUUGCUGUUUCCUGAGUCUUAUUUCGUUUAAGUAUAUUAAACUUACCAUCCUCACUUUUGAACAGUAGUGUUAGUGUACAUCAAGUAUCACUAACAAAAAAAGGUUGAUUCUUUUGCAUCUAAUGAACUGGCAGUUGUGAAUAUGAACAUACAUUUGCUGCAUGGAGAAAUUCCACAUAUUGGAAACACAAACCCUUCAUUGUCUGGAACAUAAGAUUCAAACAGUGGUACUGUUCACAGUGGCUGGAAUUAAAUUUUAUCUCCAUUUAUUGGCUAAUUGUCCAACAGAAAUGCUGACACCGUUUUUAUUUAAGGAAUACAAUGCAAACCUUUGGUUUCUUUGUAACAUAUUUGGUUUUAAAUCCAGGAAGUGAGAGAAGACAUGACAGCAGUCUUUCUAUAGUUUGGUAGAUUUUUCGUGACAGUGUAAACUAUCCCAUGGGUCUGCGAGAACAACUAACAUCUCCACUUUUAACACUGUGAAAUAUGAUUAUCUUUUAAGAAAUGGCAAAAUAGAGAUUGCAUUAACCAAACCUAUCAAUUGGCCAGUGCACUUCCUAUAACAAUCUGUUUACCUCAUGAGGUUGAUAGUUUCAUUUUCAUGUUUUAAUAAACAUUCUGUUUUAAAAAGAGAUGGUAAAUGUUUAUAGGCAUGGUAAAUGCUGUACUUCCGAGGUCUGCCAUAGACAUUUUAAUGACCAGAAAUUUCAAAAGUCAAUGGUUGUUUUGCCUUACAAUUAGUAUCUUUGUGAAGCAGUGCUUUAAUAUCAAAGCUUGCUGUAUAUUUAUUAUGCUUUUGUAUAAAUUUCUGUGUAUCUACUGCAUUUAUACUCUUAAAAUAGAUUUUUUUCCCUCUUAUUGUGAGUAUUGAACAAACGUAGAAUAGAAAUUUGACUGAAAUGCACUGUGCUAUUUGCCCUAUAUAUACGAACAGCCAGCUUUUUGUAUGCAGAUUUCAAUGCACAGAGCAAGACGACAUCUUACAAUGCAGACUAAUUUAUUUUAGGUGUUCCAAGUGAGGUGUUUUUGAGAAAAAAAAUAACACUAAGUAUGCUCACUGUUGUGUGCCUAUUCAUGUGCAUCAUUUAUUGUAUAUUGUAGAUUUAGAGCAUGGCUGUACUUAGCAACCAUUUUCCUUGUGUAACUGAUAAACUACAUAUUUUGAUGUGCAUUUUAAUACCCUAUUCCAUUUUAGCUUGCAUUGUACAGUUGCCAGCUAAUUAAAUAUCUUUAUCAUUCACUUUUUUCCAUUCACAUGUAGCUUUGUGUUUGCAGAACACAUUCAGUAGUUCCGGAUGGAGCUAAAAUAAAAACAUAAGUAUUAACUUCAGUUCAAAUAUUCUUUAAAAAGAGAAAAAAACGUUUAAUUAUGGAGUAAUAGAGAAUGCAUUGAAUUGUUUUUAUAUUUAUAAAAGAAAGGCUAAUGUAGUUAGCCUAAUUAAGGCUAAUGCAAUUUUAUUCCUUUUAAUUAAUUAACAAUUAACUUUGAACAAAAUGCUAUUUGUGUGAAGAAGUUCACCCUAAAUUGAAAUUAAGCAUUUAUUUCUUGUUCAGCUUGAGAUGUACACUCACCGGCCACUUUUUAGGUACACCUGUUUAAUUGCUCGUUAACUGAAAUGUUCAAUCAGCCAAUCCCAUGGCAGCAACUCAAUACAUUUAGACAUGUAGACAUGGUCAAGACUAUCUGCUGCAGUUAAAACCGAGCAUUAGAAUGAGGAAUAAAAGUGAUUUAAGUGACUUUGAACGUUGGAUGGUUGUUGAUGCCAGACGGGUUGGUCUGAAUAUUUCAGAAACUGCUGAUCUACUGGGAUUUUCAUGCACAAUCAUCUCUAGGGUUUACAGAGAAUGGUCCUUGGCACACUUUGGGUUCUUUAGUACCAAUUGAGUAUUGUGUCAGCACCACCGCCUACCUGAGUAUUGUUGCUGACCAUGUCUAUCCCUUUAUGACCACAGUGUACCCAUCUUCUGAUGGCUACUUCCAGCAUGUCGUAAAGCGUGAAUCAUCUCACGCUGGUUUCUUGAAAAUGACAAUUAGUUCACUGUACUUAAAUGGCCUUCACAGUCACCAGAUCUCAAUCCAAUAGAGCACUUUAGGAUGUGGUGGAAUAGGAGAUUCACAUCAUGAAUGUGUUGUGGAGCUGACAAAUCUGCAGCAACUGUGUGAUGCUAUCAUGUCAAUAUGGACGAAAAUCUCUGAGGAAUAUUUCCAGUACCUUAUUAAAUCUAUGCCAUGAAGGAGCAUUAAGGCAGUUCUGAAGGCAAAAGGGGUCCAAGUAAGGUGUACCUAAUAAAGUAGCUGGUGAGCGUUUGAUAGCUUGUACAUUCAUUUACCUAAUUUACUGAAAUAUCUGAAAAAAAAAAGAUAUAAAGUCUGGCAAUAUUGUGUGUCAUGCAUUGCGAACCAGUAGAUUCAGUGUCUUCACGUGUUUUUAGGUUACCCGUGGUACUGCAUUUUAAAGAUAAACCAAAGAAGUGGUGGUUUUUCUGUGCUUGGAAUAUGUCGAAAAUUGGCAACAUUUUAUGUUUUAUUAUUUGAUAAAAAAUUAAUUCAGAUGGUGCUUAGUUGAUCCAUUUAACAUAAAUCUCAUCAUCUCAGAAGGGAAUGAAAAAAUGGACACUUAAUGAAUACAGUGUAUAAAUCAGUUUGAGUCAUUUCAUUCUAACAGAAAAAGUAAACUCGUCUGCACUUUUGUGAUUUCACAUGUUCAGUUUUCCCAUUGAUAUUUUUCAAACCUGUUUACCAUAUUUAUUUUUCUUUGUUACUUGAAUAUAUGGGGAAACGUCUGUAAAUAUUUGACUGUGAUGAACCUGAUUUACUUGUAUGUAGUAAAAUAAAACUAAAUUUUACAUGUGA